AAAUUAAAUCAAUUGCAGUUAGGAUAAACAACAGCUAGUGAUUGGAAAUAAACAUGAAGUUCUUAACUCUCGUAGCAUUUUUUGCCUGUGCCUUUUUGGCACUCGCUGACGAUGAUGGAAAAUAUCGACCAGAAGCAACCACUAAGAUUCCAUUAAUUGUUCCUGUUACCACAACACUUCGUCCAAGAGGGUGGACUGAUCCACGCUGGAGUGAUCCACGUUGGGCUGGACACCAAGGAGCUCAAGGAUGGAACAACAAUAAUUGGAACAACAACUGGAAUGUCAACAGAUAUAACUCAACAUGGAAUGACUGGAACCGAGGAACUGGAAACUGGGGAAACCAAUGGGCUAACCGAUACAAUGUUGAUGCUCAAGGAAGACCAAUCACAAGACACCCUGACUGGCGUACAAUCCGUUUAGAUGAAAAGGUUGAUGUCCGUGGUUAUCAAUAUGUCUAUGAAACCGUUGGAGGAAUUUUGGUUGAAGAAAAUGGAACAUUCGAAAACAUUGGACUGAGACAUGAAGGAGUUCGUGCCGUUGGAUCUAUCACAAUCACUGACCGUGAUGGAGUCACUUAUAAAAUCAAUUAUCAGAGCGACAGCAAGGAAGCUUAUGUUCCACGUGGAGCCCGCGAACCAGAGAGAAUUCCACCAUCUUUGACUAGACUCUUGGCUCUUAUGGAAACACAUAAGUAAAAUGAAUUGAAUUUUAUGGAAGGACGAAUUUAAGAAUUUAAUAUGAAUGAUCUUUGCGACCCUCUU